AUGGGCUACUAUACGUUCAGAUGGCCUCGACAGGCACAGGAAGUGGUCGUCACCGGCACCUUUGACCGUUGGUCGAAGAGCGUCAGGCUCGACAGGACGGACGGCGGCUUCGCAAAGGAGCUUCACCUCCCAGACGACGACGACAGGAUCCUCUACAAGUUCAUCGUCGACGGAACGUGGCACACUGACCCUGCUGCGUCCCAAGAAGAGACCGACAGAGACAACAACGUCAACAGCGUCCUUCUCUCCAAGGACCUCUCGCCCACUCCUGCCGCAACCGCCACCAGCCCCAACGCCUCAGCCGCUGUGAUGUCUGGUGUCGCCCCUGAGUCGACCACCGCCGUUCCCAAGGAGCCUGCAGCCCACGAGGCCACCAUCUCCACGGCUGCUCCCGAGUCCACCACCGCCCAGCUCGCCAAAGAUGUGCCCCUGGAGAAGACCCCAGGCACCUUUCCAGAGACGCCGAUGGACGAGGGCGAGGUUUCGGUGAACCCUCUGCCCGCAACGGGAACGGUUGGUAACCCGGUCAAGGUAGCUCCGGGCGACAAGCUGCCGGAGUCGAACAACGUCACCUCCAGCAACCUCAACUCGAACGUCACCACCGACAAGGCAGGCUACGAGAAGGAUGCCAGCGAUCCAGCCAUGGCAGCAGCGGACGAGCAGCGGAAGGAGUUCUCCGUCAACCCUCUGCCCGCCACCGGGACGGUUGGAAACCCGGUUAAACUCUCGCCCGGCGAAAACGUGCCAGAGUCAAACAACGUCACCUCCAGCAAUCUCGACUCGAACGUCACCACCGACAAGGCAGGCUACGAGAAGGAUGCCAGUGACCCCGCCAUGGCCGCCAUGGCGGCGGCAGAUGAGCAGCAGAAGGAGUUCUCCGUCAACCCUCUGCCCGCCACCGGGACGGUUGGAAACCCCGUCAAGCUCGCUCCUGGCGAGAAGGUGCCCGGAUCAAACGACAUCACUUCCAGCACUCUCGACUCCAACGUCACCACCGACAAGGCAGGCUAUGAGAAGGAUGCUAGCGACCCUGCCAUGGCCGCCUUGGCCGCACAGCAGCACCAACACGACCAGAAGAACACCUACUCCGCCCUCCCCGUCGACACUGCACCCAAGUCCAAGUCUGCCGGGCCCAACGACAACCCAACCAUCCAGUCCUCCGCCCCCCAGGCCACCACGGCCGCUCUUGCAGGCGCGGUUCCCCUCGAAAAGGCCCGCAAUGCUGUAGAUAGCACUGCCCAGUAUGAUCCUGAAGUCCCCGCCAAGCAGGUGCCCGACCUCGUCAAGGAGUCCAUGAGCAAAGCUCACACAGACUCCGAGGCUGCCUGUAUUCCCGAGAUGGUCAAGGAGAAGAAGGAGCUCGAGCAGGAGCUGCUCGACGAAGUGCCGCCAGCUACCGGCGGUGGUCAGCCUGCUCCCACCACUUCAGCCGCCCUGGCGUCAACUGCACCGGCAGCAACCGGCAGCACCACCACCAAGCCAGUGCAGAAACAAGACGACCACCAUCCAGGGACAGGAGACAUAUCUCCCAAGUCCCAUGAGCCAGAUGCCCCAGCAGGAGGCGAAGGGCCCAUCGCCACCGGCAUGACCGCGUCCCAGGUCCCCUCCGCACCCACGGAGCCGCCAAAGGAGACUCCACAGGUCACAACCGGCCCUGCCACCAAAAGCAUCCCUGAGACCUCAGGUGUACCUGAACGAAAGCCGGUCGAACCCAAGACCACUGCCACCGCUACCGCCGGCGCUCCUUCAGCCCAAAAUGGCACAACCGACACCGCCGAAACCCUAGACAAGAAGAAGAAACACCGUCUCAGCGGAUUCUUGCACAAAUUGAAGGAGAAGUUUGCCUAA